AUGGCUUCUACACAGAGCGUACAAUGCUUCGGCAAGAAGAAGACUGCGACCGCCGUCGCCCACUGCAAGGCUGGCAAAGGCAUUGUCAAGGUCAACGGAAAACCGCUUUCCCUCCUCCAACCGCAGGUCCUCCGUUUCAAGGUCUACGAGCCGAUCCUCAUCCUCGGCGCCGAUAAGUUCGCCAACGUCGAUAUCCGCGUCCGCGUCUCUGGCGGUGGUCACACAUCCCAGAUCUACGCCAUCAGACAGGCGAUUGCCAAGUCCAUCAUUGCCUACUACCAGAAAUACGUCGAUGAGCACUCCAAGAACCAGUUGAAGCAGGCGUUGGUGCAGUACGACAGGACCCUGUUGGUCGCGGACAACCGGAGAUGCGAGCCGAAGAAGUUCGGCGGUCCAGGUGCGCGCGCGAAAUACCAAAAGUCUUACCGUUAA